CUGCACGUCUCCCGCUUCGUCCGCCGGAAUCCGGCCGGAAUUUCCUUCGCCGGCCGGAAAUCACCGGAAACACCCCCUCUUCGGCAAACCCAAAAACCAAGAGAGAGAAAAUGAGGAGAGAGAGGAGCUAUGCAUGUGCCACUUCAAAGUUCCUUUUUAGAGAGAGAGAGAGAGUGAUUCGGAGAUGACGACGCUGACGAAGAACGCUAAGAUGCUUACGUGUACAACAUAAUGCGUAGCCUUUAGAGAGAGAAAGAGAGAGAGAUAUGCUUUUGCGUGCCAUAUAUAAAGCUCCGAUCGGCAUUGAGCGCUCAUUUGGGGGCCCUCUCUCUUUGGCCUUCUCUCUCUCUAGAAUCUCUACUCCCGGUAAGAGUAGCAGUUACAGUGGGAAAGUUGGUGUGAGAAAGGCGAUGCCUACUGGUGCUUCGGACAAUGGCGCCCUGCGUUCUUUUGGCCUGAACGAGUCGACGUUUCUAGCGAGCUUGAUGCCGAAGAAGGAGAUCGGUGCUGAUCGAUUCCUUGAAGCUCAUCCUGAGUAUGAUGGGCGUGGCGCCAUUGUUGCAAUUUUUGAUAGUGGAGUUGAUCCAGCUGCUGCUGGUUUGCAGGUGACCUCAGAUGGAAAGCCCAAAAUCAUAGACAUCAUUGAUUGCACUGGAAGCUGUGAUAUUGACACUUCAAAAGUGGUUAAAGCUGAUGAAGAUGGCUGCAUCGAUGGAGCUUCAGGUACACGUUUGGUGGUGAAUAAAUCAUGGAAGAACCCUUCUGGGGAGUGGCAUGUUGGCUACAAAUUGGUUUAUGAGCUCUUUACGGGCACUCUAACGUCCCGUUUGAAGAAAGAGAGAAAGAAAAAAUGGGAAGAGAAAAACCAAGAAGCAAUAUCAGAAGCACUGAAGCAUCUAAAUGAAUUUGAUCAGAAGCACAAAAAAGUGGAGGACAUAAACUUGAAAAAGACUAGAGAGGACCUUCAAGCUAGGGUUGAUUUUCUUGAAAAACAGGCUGAAAGUUAUGAAGAUAAGGGUCCCAUAAUUGAUGCUGUUGUAUGGAAUGAUGGUGAUGUUUGGAGGGCUGCACUUGAUACCCAAAACCUUGAGGAUGACCCGGAGAACGGAAAACUUGCAAAUUUUGUUCCCAUGACAAACUAUAGGACAGAAUUGAAAUAUGGCAUAUUUAGCAAAUUGGACGCAUGCUCCUUUGUUACAAACAUUUACAAUGAUGGAAAUAUACUCAGCAUUGUCACAGACUGCUCUCCCCAUGGCACCCAUGUUGCUGGAAUAACAGCUGCUUUUCACCCAAAUGAACCCUUACUAAAUGGAGUUGCACCAGGUGCACAAAUUGUUUCAUGUAAAAUUGGUGAUUCACGUCUGGGUUCAAUGGAAACAGGCACUGGGCUGAUUAGAGCUAUGAUAGCAGCUGUGGAGCACAAGUGCGACCUCAUCAACAUGAGUUAUGGGGAGGCGACCAUGCUCCCUGACUAUGGACGUUUUGUUGACCUUGUAAACGAGGUAGUGGACAAACACCGUGUAAUAUUCAUUAGCAGUGCUGGCAAUAGUGGGCCUGCAUUAACCACUGUGGGUGCACCUGGUGGAACAAGUUCAAGCAUAAUAGGAAUUGGGGCAUAUGUCUCGCCUGCCAUGGCUGCUGGGGCCCACUGUCUGGUUGAACCUCCUUCUGAAGGCUUGGAAUACACUUGGUCUAGUCGGGGCCCAACAGCAGACGGUGAUCUGGGUGUUUGCCUGAGUGCACCAGGUGGGGCAGUGGCCCCUGUCCCUACAUGGACCCUGCAGAGCCGUAUGCUUAUGAAUGGAACUUCCAUGGCAUCUCCAUGUGCAUGUGGAGGAGUUGCUUUGUUGAUUAGUGCAAUGAAGGCGCAAGGCAUCCCCAUCAGCCCAUACAGUGUACGCAAAGCGUUGGAGAACACUGUAGCUGCUGUGAGCUCUCAACCUGAAGAGAAAUUAUCUACUGGACAAGGUCUUCUUCAAGUAGACAGGGCACAUGAAUACAUACAACAGUCAAAGGAUCUUCCUUGUGUAUGGUAUAAAGUAAAUGUUACUCAAACAGGGCAAGAAGCCCCUAUAACAAGAGGCAUCUAUCUGAGGGAGGCCAGUGCUUCUCAGCAAUCCACAGAGUGGACUAUUCAAAUUGAGCCAAAAUUUCAUGAAGAUGCAAGCAAUUUGGAACAACUAGUUCCUUUUGAGGAGUGUAUCCAGUUGCAUUCUAGUAACCCGUUGGUUGUUAGGCCCCCAGAGUAUCUUCUCCUUACACAUAACGGGCGUAGCUUCAAUGUAGUUCUGGACCCAGCCAGUCUCAGUCAUGGAGUUCAUUACUUUGAAGUUUAUGGCACUGAUUGCCAGGCCCCUUGGCGUGGACCCAUAUUCAGGGUGCCUGUUACUAUAAUAAGACCCAUAGUUUUGAAAAAUAUGCCUCUGGUUUUGUCUCUAACAGGGAUGUCAUUUAUGCCAGGUCAUAUUGAACGAAGAUUUAUUGAGGUGCCAGUUGGUGCCACGUGGGUGGAGGCGACCAUGCGAACUCAAGGUUUGGAUACUUCUAGAAAAUUUUUUAUCGAUGCUGUUCAGUUAUGCCCUAAGAGGAGACCGAUUAAGUGGGAGAGUGUUGCAUCAUUCUCUUCGCCAUCUAUUAAAAGCUUCAGCUUUAAAGUUGAAGGUGGCCGGACGUUGGAACUUGCUAUUGCUCAGUUUUGGUCAAGUGGAAUUGGCAGUAAUGAGGCCACGAUUGUGGAUUUUGAGGUUGAAUUUCAUGGAAUUAAUGUCAAUAGAGCAGAAGUGGUACUUGAUGGAAGUGAAGCAGGGAAAAGAAUAGAGGCAAAAGCUGUAUUAUCAUCUGAGAAGCUUGCUCCUUCUGCUGUCCUGAAAAAGAUCCGAAUUCCUUAUCGACCAAUAGAAUCUGAUCUCAGUCCUUUGCCUACAAUUCAUGACAAGUUACCUUCUGGCAAGCAGAUUCUUUCAUUGACACUUACUUACAAGUUUAAAUUGGAUGAAGGAGCUGAAAUAACACCUCGGGUGCCUCUUCUCAAUAAUCGCAUUUAUGACACAAAGUUCGAAUCACAAUUUUACAUGAUUUCAGAUUCAAACAAGCGUGUGUAUGGAGUUGGCGAUGUUUAUCCAAAAAAAGUGAAGUUAGCAAAGGGUGAAUUUACACUCCGGCUGCAUUUAAGGCAUGAAAAUGUACAAUAUUUGGAGAAAAUGAAGCAGUUGGUUUUGUUCAUUGAGAAAAACUUGGAAGAAAAGGACUUUAUGAAAUUGAGCUGCUUCUCACAACCGGAUGGUCCUUUAAUGGGGAAUGGCGUCUUUAAAAAUUCAAUUCUGGUUCCAGGGAAAACAGAAGCCUUUUAUGUGGCCCCACCAUCUAAAGAUAAGCUUCCAAAGGGUUGUGUGACAGGUUCCGUGCUAGUGGGUUCAAUUUGCUAUGGAAAACUCUCACUUGGGCUCAGGAAAGGGGGGCAAAAUUCACAAGCAUGCCCUGUAACUUAUCGAAUUUCUUAUAUAGUACCUCCUCCUAAGAUUGAUGAAAAAGAAAAGGGGAAGGAUAGUUCCAGUUCCAAGAAAAGCCUUCCUGAAGGCCUUGAUGACGAGAUUCGGGAAACCAAGAUAAAGUUCCUUUCAGGUCUUCCGCAGGGAACCGAAGAAGAGCGGCUGAAAUGGAAAGAAUUUUCUGGCUCUCUCAAGUCAGAAUAUCCGAAGUACACGCCACUACUUGCAAAAAUAUUGGAGGGUUUUCUUUCUAAGGAUUCUGAUGAUAAGAUGACCCAUAACCAAGAGAUUGUAGCUGCAGCCAAUGAGGUUAUUGAUAGUGUCAACAAGGAUGAGUUAGCCAAAUACCUUUUAGAGAAGAUUGAACCUGAAGAUGAGGAUGCAGAGAAAAUUAAAAAGAAAAUGGAGACAACUCGAGACCAAUUAGCAGACGCAUUGUACAGAAAAGGACUUGCACUUGCGGUGAUUGAGACACUCAAGACUGAGAAGGCCUUGUCUAAGGAAGCAGAAGAAGAUUCUGGGAAGACAUUAACAGAAUCUGGCCAUGAGUCCGGUGAUACGGCAGACAGUUUUGAAGAGAACUUCAAAGAGUUAAAGAAAUGGGUCGAUGUUAAAUCCAGUAAAUAUGCGUUACUUUUGGUUACUCAAGAGAGGCGCUGUGGGCGACCCGGUACGGCAUUGAAGGUGCUGAAUGAUUUGAUUCAGGAGGAUGCUGACCCUCCGAAGAAGAAGCUCUAUGAGCUGCGGAUCUCUCUGCUCGACAAGAUUGGCUGGGCCCAUGUGGCAGCGUAUGAGAGGCGAUGGAUGCACGUGCGUUUCCCGCCUAGCCUCCCCCUAUUUUAACCGCAAACCAUGUCGUUCCUUUUCAUUUUUUGUUGGUUAGGGAGGCGCAUUUGGUACUAACUGCCAUUGCGAUUGCAUUGAACGACAUUCAUGUUACUCGUCUUCAGUUAGCAUUGCUCAUUUCUAAACAGCUGUUGACCAUUACAUUAGAAACAGAACAGCUACUAUGAAUCCUUUUCUUGAGCCGGUUUAUGAACAAAUUUGUCCAUGCACCUGCCAGGGCUGCCCGAUAGAUAAAUGCAAUUUUUUUGCUGCCGAUGG